AUCUUAAAUUUCCAUCUUAUUAUGGACAGUUGGCAGUGAAUAAUCCUAUAUAUUGCUCAGUAUGCACACUAGUAUUUCUUUCUGAACAUUGCCUGUGUUUCUAAUUGCAUUUCAAUAGAUCUUAUUUAGAGUAGGGCCACGCUUAAUUUUUAAAAGCGAAUGAAAUUGAGGCUAAGGGAAUAAAGUUAUAGUACCUUCAAUGCCAAACACUUUAUAAAGCUGUUCAAAGGCUCUAGGGCACACCUAAUGUUCACAACUCAUGUUUUGUGGAGUUUUAUAUUCUUAAAGUCUGAGGGUCACAGCCUUGUUUUCAUUCCCGUCAAAAAUCAAAUAUGGCGCUACUCUUGAAAAUUUAUAUUUAGCCGGUUUAAAAUCUAACUUAUAUUGAACAACACACAAAGGACAAAGAUAGCAAGAUUUUUUUUUUAAACAAAUAAUAGUCUACCAGUGUAUAAAAUAUCAAUCGUUUUUAAUCUCCUUAAUGCGAUGAAAGCGUGACCAAAUUUAUGCUACCUCUGAAACAAAAACAAACACGGCUGAAUGUGGAAUUGAUGUGUUGAUUCAUUGGCCGUGUGCCCUUGGUAGCAUUUUUGGACAUUAUAUAUGCAUUAUAAUGCCCCAAUGCUGCACGUGACAAUACAGUAAGUGUUCACAUUUGAUGUGUAGCAAGGGAGCUUAUUAGAGGUAAUACUUAUGUCGAAACAACAGAGCAGUAGUUUCAUGAGAAAAGGGAAUACCCCUCAGUCUUCUCUGUCAGUUUGUGGGCUGCACGAGCUCAGAAGAGGCGACAAUGCGCAAGUGUUCGGCUGCCUUAUAUUUCACUCUUGGUUUUGUGUGUCUCUUCACAACUACACCUAGAGUGGUAACAGGGAAUUGUGACUUGAAGGACUUGGGCUUGUUAAAAACAAAAUGUAACAACACAGAAGGAGUCCGUGAUUUUACAUGCUUUAUAAAAUAUAGGAGAACUAAUCGUGAGUACAUCUGUGAGUGGAAACAUGGAAGAGACAAUUCAAUGUCAUACACACUCUACACACAUCAGAGGAGCUGGAAAUGUAUGACGGUAAAUCAGAAGUCGAGAAUCAAGAACUCGAUUGUGACCUCAGAUGGAUUCUAUGUGAUAAGUAGAUACAAUAUGACAGCUCACGUUACUGCGACAAGUAAGGAUCAUAAGAGCUGCACCUACAAAGAGUUCAGUGGUACUCCAUCACAGAUGGCAUUGUGCGGUCCUCCUUCAAAAGUAGCUUUCAAAAGAAGAUCAGGACAUCUGUUUGUUGAGGCGGACUGGGGAGAUGAGAGCAGAUAUAUCAAACAAUUCUCUGUAGUGUUUAGAGAGUUCAACACUACCUGGUGGAAUGAGCAAAUGUCUAAAAAUAACAGGGAAUGUGUUGUAAGGAAUCUGACGUCUUCUCUGUCUUAUGAGAUGCAAAUAUGGUGCGUUACCACCUCAGAGUGCCCACAGUGUCCUCUCAGUGAGGUCAUCACUGUCCCACAGGAACUCACAGAUGCACCAUCCAUUCGCUAUGGGAUUCAAGACCAUGUGCAAGAUCAUUUCCUAUCAGCAGGGCAGAGAAGAGUCAUCGUGAAAUGGGAGUUUGCAAACAGUGAUGCUGUGAAUGUCUAUAUUGUGACUGUACGGAAAGUGUCCGGGGAACGCAGCAAUCAGGACAGUUACACCACCAAAGAUCUAUCACUCACACUGGUACUGUCGUACUCCACCUACAACAUCAGUGUCAGGGCCCUCAACAGUGCUGGAUCGUCCCCUGCUGCACGUAUAGCCAUAGAGCACAUGGAUGUUUGGAGGGAUUGGUUUGGCCCAUUCAGUGUCAGCAUAACCAGCAAUAGCAGUUUCAAUUUGUCAUGGAGCAGCUCCAUCUCCAGUGUGUGUUACUCUGUAGAGUGGUGGGCCAAAGGACAGAGACCAGCUUUCCGAUCAUUCUACAUGAAGCAGACAAACAGAAAAAUAACUGAGAUAUCUGAGAGCAUUUUUCAGCCCUAUGUGAGAUACUACUUCUUCCUGCAUAUCAGACCAGACCCAGAUACCUGCAACAUGAAGAAUGUGAACAACAGUGAGAAGACCUACAGCACAGCUCAAGCUUACCUUCUUGAAGGAAGUCCUAUCAGUGCUCCUGGUAAUGUGAGCAUUUUGAAUAUUACACAGCAUUCCUCAGUGAUCACGUGGAACCCUGUGUCAGCGGAGGACCUGCGUGGAUUCUUACUAGGCUACAACAUCUCAUACACAGAAUACAACACUGAAACAUUCAUCAUAGUGGAUCCCAGUCUAAACAGCUAUGAGUUGCUGAAGCUAAAAAGCAACAGUGCAUACCAAAUUCAGCUGUCGGCAUUUACAGCGGCUGGGGAAGGUGAGCGCAGCGAUCCCAAACCAUUUGUUACUAACCCGCCGGCAUUCACAGCUUUAAACAUCAUUAUAGCUGCAGUCAUCGUGGCAAUAGUCAUCCUUUUGCUGGCUGUACACCUCAGUUGUCGAUUUCUGCACAGAGCCAAAAAGCUGCUCUGGCCGAGUAUACCAAACCCUGGGCACAGUAAUGCAGUUCAGAAAAUCAACAUUGGCCAUGAACUGGAUAUCCUGGAGCCUCUGAACAGACAGAAGUUAGUUGAGAGCGAGGGAUGUGACACCAGUACAGUGUGUGUCAUUGAAAGCAAGAAGGAAGUGUCUCCUCUCAGCUGCCCACCAACAUCCCCGGCUGCUGUGAAGCCUACCCUCCUCAUCCUCAGUGAAGAUGAGGCCAACACACCCAUUCUGGAGGAGACCAUUCCCCCUGACACCCCAACACUUGCCCCAAACAAAACGUCUGUUUCCACAGAGAUCUUUCCUAUGGACCUCAAUGAGAAAGACUCCACUUUGAGUGCUUUUAUUGACAAUGAAAUCACAAGUCCAGAGAGCAAAGACACUGGAGAUAUCAUCUCCAACAUUAGUGGUACAAACUUUGUACCUGCAGCUUUUGGGAAGCCUGAUAUGGUUUUCAUGAGCGAUUACACCCCUAUGGAGUUCUUCCAGCAGGAAAAUGGAAGAAUUUGCUGGAAUUAAGGGUCCAUUUGUCCAAACAGGGAACUAAGAAUUUGUUCCUGCACAUCCAGGGCAGGACUACGUAUAUCAGUCCUGUUUUUCAGGAAAUAGUAACUCAUCAGGAUCAUGAAAUGGUACAGACAGCUCUGAUCAUACUUAAGAGCACUAAGUGUGCACUAAGGACUGCUGAAUUUUACAUCUGUCACAUACUCCAGAUUUCAAGGAUUGUUCCAUGUUCAUAAUCAGUUGAGCUCUAUGGACAGUAUCUAUGGCAUGUUGUUGAUUACCACAGACAAUAAAUAGAUAGUAAUAAGACUAGUUUUUAGCAAACUAGUCUUCGGUUAACACAUACAGUUGUGGCCAUAAAUAUUGCCACCUUUGGGAAAUAUGAGCAUAGAAGACUGUGAAAAAUAUAUCUUGAUUGUUUAUUCUUUUGAUUUUUAAUUCAAAAUGUUCACAAAAAUCUAAAUUUUUUAGAUCUCAUAAUUAAAUAUUUUUCUCCAAAACACGUUUGCCACAAUUAUUGGCACCCCUAGAAAUUCUUAUGAGUAAAAUAUAUCUGAAUUAUGUUCCCAUUCAUAUUUUAGUACACCUGGGUGUCUAGAAAUAUGAAACUGUUCAGCCAUGACUUCCUUUUUCACAUAUAAAUAUGAGGUAACACACAGCCAAAUUCUCUUAAUCAUCAAUCACAAUGGAUAUAGACUAAAGAAUAUAGUUCUGAUGUGCGGCAAAAUUUUGUUGAGCUUCACAAAAUGGGAAGUGGCUAUAAGAACAUAGCUAAUGCAUUGAAAAUGCCUAUUUCCACCAUCAGGGCAAUAACUAAGAUGUUCCAAUCAACUGAAGAUGUUAAAAAUCAGCCUGGAAAAGUGUGUGCGUCUAUAUUGUCUCCAUGCAUGGUGAGGAGGAUGGUUCAAGUGGCCAAAAAUUCUCUAAGGAUCACAGCUUGAGAAUUGCAGAAAUUAGUUGAGUCUUGGGUUCAGAAAGUCUCCAAAACUACAAUCAGAUGUCACCUCCAUCACCACAAGUUGUUUGGGAGGGUUUCAAGAAAAAAGCCUCUGCUCUCAUCCAACAACAAACUCAAGCGUUUUCAGUUUGCUAGACACUACUGGAACUUCAAAUGCGACCUGGUUCUAUGGUCAGAUAAAACAAAAAAAUAGCUUUUUGGCAGCAAACACCAGAGAUGACUUUUUUUGUUGUUGUUUUUCCAAAGUUGGAGUGCUCAUAACUUAAUGUCCUUUGAAAUUCUGGUUAAAAACAAACUUUCCUUUUAGUAUCUGUCUAUUUAAGGCCCUAUAUGGUUAAAUCCCAGCGAUAUGGGGCUCUCAGUGUGGCUCCAUGCGUAAAUUGUUGCACUAGUAGAAAACCAAAUGUGGGUCACAUGGUAUGAAGCUAGUUUUUCUUGUCCAACAAAACAAAGGUCUGACGUACCAAUUAUGUUUUUAACUAGAAAUGUUCAUUUAUUUAUGUACAUUUUUGGGCUGCCGCACACAAUUUUUCACACUCAAAUUUAAAACCUCACCAUUCAUUGGACAAAUUGCAAAAAAUUGGU